UCCGCACUCCUGUCUGUCAGUCUUUUUUAUCUCUCACACCGUCCCGGUCCCAUUCGUCUUUCCCGAAGCCUCAUGUUUAUUCCACCGCCAAGCCGGAGCAGAGUCCCUGUCUAGCCGACACAGCCGGCGGAGUUCACUGUGCGGUGCCAGCAUGCGGUGCCACAAGUUUUGGGGACCCUGUUCGAUUGGAUUUUAUAUUUGGAUCGCAAUGCUUUUCAAAGGGUCCUUGCAGGGUGAGUACCAGAGAAGACUGUACAAGGAGCUGUUGGCUAACUACAAUCGAUUAGAGAGACCUGUGGUCAAUGACUCAGCUCCAAUCCUGGUGGAGCUGGGCCUCACACUGCUGCAGAUCAUAGAUGUGGAUGAGAAGAACCAAGUGCUGAUAACUAACGCCUGGCUGCAGCUGUACUGGACAGACAUCUACCUGACCUGGAAUCCAGAAAAUUAUCCCGGUGUCCAAAACCUACGAUUUCCUUCGGACCAGGUCUGGACGCCUGACAUUCUUCUUUACAACAGUGCGGAUGAAAGGUUUGAUGCCACAUUUCACACCAAUGUACUGGUGAAUGCUUCAGGUAACUGCCAGUAUAUUCCCCCUGGCAUCCUGAAGAGCACCUGUUACAUCGAUGUGCGCUGGUUUCCCUUCGAUGUGCAGAAGUGUGACUUGAAGUUUGGCUCAUGGACGCACAACGGCUGGCUUCUGGACCUCCAGAUGCUUGAUGUGGACACAUCCACUUACAUACCAAAUGGGGAGUGGGAUCUUGUAGGUGUGCCAGCCAAGCGCAAUGAGCUGUACUACGAGUGCUGUAAGGAGCCCUACCCUGAUGUGACAUUUACAGUCACUAUGCGCCGCAGGACUUUGUAUUAUGGACUGAAUCUGCUCAUUCCCUGUGUGCUGAUUUCUGGCUUGGCCCUGCUCGUCUUCCUUUUACCUGCAGACUCAGGAGAAAAGAUCUCUCUGGGCAUCACUGUGCUGCUUUCGCUAACCGUCUUCAUGCUUCUGGUGGCCGAGAUCAUGCCUGCCACGUCAGACUCUGUUCCCCUCAUUGCCCAGUACUUUGCCAGCACCAUGAUGAUUGUGGGAAUGUCUGUGGUUGUUACAGUUAUAGUCCUACAGUUUCACCAUCAUGACCCUCACGGAGGAAAGAUGCCUAAAUGGGUUCGGGUGGUUCUGUUAAAUUGGUGUGCCUGGUUUCUCCGUAUGAAACAACCUGGCGAUGAGCGCAAGCGACCGGGUUACAAACAUCGUCACACCUCCCAUCACCACUCCAGCACCAGCUCCAUAGAGAUGGGAACAGUACCAAGCCUUACUGUGCCAAUGUCACAGACGUCCUGCCCACCCUCAGGCACCUCCAACGGUUCCAUGAGCCUCUACUUUGGUACUUACCAUCCCAUAGAAAACCCGCACUGCCCACCUUCCAGCGACUCCGGGGUAACACUUGGGGGCCGUGCACACAGCUCCCCCAGUGAAGAGGCUGAGCCACAUGUUAGCAGUGGUGUUGGAGCUCUGGGGAUGGGAGUGAGCUUCCCCCCACCAGAGAUCCAGCGUAUCUUGGAGGAGGUGUCGUACAUAGCUCAGAGGUUCCGGGACCAGGAUGAGGCUGAGGCCAUCUGCAGUGAGUGGAAGUUUGCAGCAGCAGUAGUGGACCGGCUGUGUCUGGUGGCAUUUUCUCUCUUCUCAAUCAUUUGCACCUUCACCAUCCUGUUGUCAGCACCCAACUUCAUAGAGGCUGUUUCUAAGGACUUCACAUAACUGGUUGCAGCAGCAAAUAAGGAAUGAAGAAGGUGUAACAGAGAGAGAAAGUGGAAGAGAAAGGACGGUGGAAAGGGCAUUAAUGUUUGUAGUACACAACCAAAAGAACCCACUGAAUAGGAGGUGAGCUUUGCAGGGUUUAAUGAGAAAAAAUAAUAAAGUCAGAAAUGUGGUGCAAAUAAAUGCACAGCACCUUCAUCAUGCUAUAUCAAAGGCAACUUAAUUAAUGAGGAAACAAACAUUUUUAUUCCAUCUUGAUGUCAUAAAUAAAUUGGUCCUAUCUUUAAAAGGAAAAAAGAGAUUGGGCAAGAGACUAAAAAACAAAACAGAAAACUCAGAAGAACGAAAAUCAGUGAGAAAGUGAAGGAGAGCACUGUAUAGAUUUUUAUAUAUUAAGAUACUGGUAAGGGGAACAUGCUACUAAUUGUCUUUACCCUGAAACUAGUGUAAAUAUCAUUGUCGUGUCUGCACUGUCCAUCAGCUCUAUAGUGAUACAUAACUCACCACAGUCCUCUUUCCAAAAUGUUGUUGUCGUGUAUGCAUAAAUCCAUCAGCAUCGCCUCAAUCUGAGUUCACACACCGAUUAUUUACCUUUUAAAAUAAUAAGGAAGUCACACAUUAUUUCUGAUGAUGUACCAUCCUUGUAAUAAUGUUAGCCUAGUUACUGAAAUCAGAUGUUUCACUAUGAAUCUCACUGUUUUCUUGUUCACUUAGAUCAACAGAGCACUGGACAAAACUUUGUUGCUUUGACAAACGUGUAGCACAUUUUCUUUAUCCAUCAAUUUAGGAUCUUCUCACUUUGUCUUGCCUGUUCAUUUUGAACUAUAGAAUCUUUAAUGUAAUAAAAACUGUUUGGGACAGUGACUAAUAA